CCAUCUUGGCGCCGAGACUCCAUUUCCCAGGCGGCGCGGCGGCGGGGGAGGCGAUGUCCGCCAUCUUACUGCUGCCUCCUCCCACGGUGCGGCGGGAUUGAAUGAGCCCGCUGCCCGCCCGCCCGCGAAUUGAGCGCCAUGUCAGGCACCCCAAGCCGCGGCACCCCCGGCGGGACCCCGCUAUCGCCGACUCGCAUCUCUCGCCUGCAGGAGAAGGAGGAACUGCGGCAGCUCAAUGACCGCCUGGCCGUUUACAUCGACCGUGUGCGGGCGCUGGAGCUGGAGAAUGACCGGCUGCUGCUGAAGAUCUCCGAGAAGGAGGAGGUCACCACCCGGGAGGUGAGCGGAAUCAAGAGUCUCUAUGAGUCUGAACUGGCCGAUGCUCGAAGAGUUCUGGAUGAAACCGCCAAAGAGAGGGCUAGAUUACAGAUUGAAAUAGGAAAAUUGAGAGCAGAACUUGAGGAGUUCAAUAAAAGCUACAAGAAGAAAGAUGCAGAUUUAUCUGUGGCUCAGGGUCGCAUUAAGGAUCUUGAAGUGCUGUUCCAUAGAAGUGAAGCAGAACUCAAUACUGUCCUGAAUGAGAAACGCAGUCUGGAAGCCGAGGUGGCCGAUUUGCGUGCCCAACUUGCUAAGGCUGAAGAUAGUCAUGCUGUGGCUAAGAAGCAGCUGGAGAAGGAGACACUCAUGCGUGUGGAUCUGGAGAAUCGGUGCCAGAGCUUGCAAGAGGAUCUGGAUUUCAGGAAGAAUGUGUUUGAGGAGGAAAUAAGGGAAACAAGAAAACGACAUGAACAUCGUUUGGUAGAGGUGGACACUAGUCGCCAGCAGGAGUAUGAAUCCAAAAUGACUCAGGCCCUGGAGGAUCUGCGAAAUCAACAUGAUGAACAAGUCAAACUCUACAAAAUGGAGCUUGAGCAGACCUAUCAGGCUAAGCUGGAGAAUGCCAAACUGUCCUCUGACCAAAAUGACAAAGCUGCUGGUGCAGCUCGAGAGGAGUUAAAGGAGGCUCGCAUGAGAAUAGAAGCUCUCAGCUACCAGCUUUCUGGCCUUCAGAAACAGGCUAGUGCAGCAGAAGAUCGCAUUCGUGAAUUGGAGGAAAUGAUGGCUGGUGAGCGGGAAAAGUUCCGAAAGAUGCUCGAUGCGAAGGAGAGGGAAAUGACGGAAAUGAGGGACCAGAUGCAGCAGCAGCUUACAGAGUACCAGGAACUGCUUGAUGUUAAAUUAGCACUGGACAUGGAGAUCAGCGCUUACCGAAAACUCCUAGAAGGAGAAGAGGAAAGGUUGAAGCUCUCUCCAAGUCCCUCCUCCCGUGUUACAGUCUCUCGGGCUACCUCCAGCAGCAGCAGUAGCAGUACUUCCCUUGUUCGCUCUUCCCGGGGCAAGAGAAAACGUAUUGAAGCGGAGGAGUUCUCAGGCAGCGGAACAAGUGGAAUUGGCACUGGAAGUAUUAGCGGGAGCAGUAGCAGCAGUAGCUUCCAGAUGUCCCAGCAAGCUUCAGCUACAGGAAGUAUCAGCAUAGAAGAGGUAGACCUGGAGGGCAAAUACGUUCAACUUAAGAACAACUCGGAGAAGGAUCAGUCUUUGGGUAACUGGAGACUGAAAAGGCAAAUUGGAGAUGGAGAAGAAAUUGCUUACAAAUUUACUCCUAAGUAUGUCCUCAGAGCUGGGCAGACUGUAACAAUUUGGGGUGCGGAUGCAGGCGUAUCUCAUAGCCCCCCUUCUGUUCUCGUGUGGAAGAAUCAAGGCAGCUGGGGCACUGGAGCAAAUAUUCGCACAUACCUCGUCAACUCUGAAGGAGAGGAAGUUGCAGUGAGAAGUGUUACUAAAUCAGUAGUUGUGCGAGAGAACGAAGAGGAAGAGGAUGAAGCGGAGUUCGGAGAGGAAGACCUUUUCAACCAGCAGGGGGAUCCCAGAACAACCUCGAGAGGAUGCUCAGUGAUGUGAAGAAAGAAAAAAGAAACUUGCUUUUUUGUUGUUUUGGUUUUUUUUUUCAUUUAUUUCCUUUUAUUUUUGCUAUUUUUUUCCCUCCAGAGCCACUGAAAACUAUUUUUAUAUGCAUCAUCUGAUUUCUUUGAAGUUUACUCCUUGGUACAUUUUGAUAAAAAAAUUCAAAAAACAACCUUUACUGAACAAAACUGCCAGAAUUUUUAAUAGAUUUAUUCAUGUUUCCUCCUCUUUGUUUAAACACUAUAUUGGAAUACAAUAUUUUUCCUCAUACAGAGUUUAAAGUCUUACGUACAAACCUGCAGCAGAAAAGAAACUUCUAGCUGACAUGGGAUGAGAGUCCUUGAGUAAGUCUGUAAUUGGAUAUAGAACCAGGAUAACUCAAGAAAAAAAAAAAAGAAAAGUGUGAGAAAGCGUGUUCAUCUGCAGAGCCCCAGAAGAGCUUCACAGCAGUGCUUCCUCUGUGCUUUAAGAGAAUGUAGUAUCCUCAGCAGUGCCCAGCUUAGGAAAAUUAUAGGCUUUGACAGCCUAGUGGUAAAAACAUCAGUGUCUGUCAACAGCUUAGCGCCAAAUGAUUAUUUCAGAAGCAGGCGAAUGAUGGGUUCUGCUCACAACAGCUUAGGGUAUGGAAGGGCGAAAACUAGAGUUUUAUUUUCAGGGGAUUUUGACAUUGUCACCAAUGAGACCUUGUUAAAUCAUGGAUGCAAGUUACAAUGCACAGUAUUUGUGAUGUUAAGCAUCGUGAUUUAAUGCUUUUCACAUAUUCAGAAUUAAACAGAAUAGUUACAUUUUCAGAUGUUAAAAUGGGAUUUUAAAGGUUAUCCUGUGUAAAUGUUGACUUUUUUUAAUCUGAGCUCACUGCAGCUUUUUCAUACUUCCCUUAUAUUCACAGGGACAUUGUCAGAUAUCUUAAAGAGCAGUAUUUGCAAAAUACUACAGAAAUGGUUUAAUGUCUUUUUUUAAAAAAGUUAAAAGGAAUUACUGUUUAGGGCAUAAGCAUUGUUUUGCAGGUGUUCGAAUGCUUUAAGUAAAGUCUAACAGUGAGUGAAGGUAGAAUAAUACUUCUUAUUACAAAGAUGCUUUUAUGAGUAGCAGGUGACUUUUACUUCAAUGUGAUGCGGUUCGUAUCUGACAGUGUCCCUUUAGCUUAAGGUUUCUUCUGCUGCAUUUCUGUGGAGGUAGCUCUGACUCCCAUAGGGUUACUAUUCAUAUAGUAGUGCGUCUGUUAAGCACUAGGAAAAAUACUUGGCUGCUCCAAAGAAUGUAUUGGCUACUGUACCAGCAAAAGUUGUUCUGUUUUGGUUUUUUUUUUUUCACUAGCUGUUAGUUUGAAUACAAAAUUUGGAUACCAUUAGAUGCCAGCAUAGAAUCCUGUUUUUACCUGUACUGUUGAACUCUGAUCUUGUCUUUCAAACAGUUCAGACUCAUCAAACAAGCUAUAAGGUUUGGAUGUUUUCGGUGGCUUUUGGACAUUAUGUUCUCUGAACAAUAUUGUGACUGACGGAUAUAACCUAGAAAGUCAGUUUAGUGGCUUUGACUGAUGGCUUUGUAAUGCGAGCAGGGUGGGAACAAAGGGGUUUUUUAAGCUUACGGAUUUAUUUUGCCAUUUAAAAAUAAAUCAAAGAUGCUACUUUUCUCUACGUGAGUGGGAUGACUGUAUUAUUGAAGGUAAACUAAUAGAAAUUUAGAACUCUUUUAAACCAUUAUCAGAAGAUCUAUUAUAAAAAAGCAGGAUGAAGAUUUGGUUGUUUGGUCUAACGGGAUAACUUUAUCGAUGCACUUGUCCAUUUUUCUAAAGUAAUUUUCCCACUCUGCUUGAGUAGAAGGUUAAAUAUGUAGUAAAUCAUGUCUAUCUCUCUGUAAAAUGUAUCUUGUGAAAUUAUGUUUCUCAGACAUACUGUUAUCAAUUACCUCCUCUAAAUUUGUUUUUAUGCAAAUGAAUGCAAUCAAUGUAAAAGUGUUUUUGCAGUGCACCUUCCAACCACUGGGCAGCAUUUCCCUUUCUGACCCACAGCUUCUAUAAUAUACUUUGCAUAAUGUUUGAGGGCUUUUUUUCUAAAGGUCUGUAUUUAUUUUUUUUUUUACAUUGGCCAGUUUUCAGAUUGCUUAUUCUUUAAGAUUGUCUUGUAAAUUUGAGAUAGUUCUGUGAUCUUAAAUACUAAAGCAAUGAGUGUGUAGUUCAUUUGCAUUUUUUCUGUGACUUUCUUUUUUGUUUCAUUUUCUCCUGUAAAGAAUGGGCUGGGAAAGGCAACUUCAAUGAGGAAAAUGUCUUGCUACCUGAGCCAUAGUUUUCUUAACAGCUACUGUAUGGGAAUGUGUCUUCUUGUAGCCUGAUGGACUGGUGCUCACAGAUCUGUUGUGAUGAGCACAGUGCCCUUCGGUAACAGUCUGUGGAAUUUGUCCUUGGAUUUGGAGCUGUGUGCUUUAACUUUGGAAACAGUUUAUUUUAUUCUUCAGUACCAUGUUUAGGUACAUACAUGUGUUCAUAUAAACCAGCAAUUGUCACUGUGGGAAAAGCGGAAUGCCAGCAGGCUAAAGGUGGGUGAUUCUGUUGCCACAGUGCUUUCUAAAAGGUUACUAAAAAUAGGAGAAAUAAUUCCUAGCUGUAAAUUACAAGACACAGGAAAAACUACUGUAUUCCAUAUAUUUCCUUGUGUGUGUGUGUCUUCUCUAGAUGCCAUCCUUUCUUCUUGCUUUUGAUGCUGAGCUGCAGUAUAAAGGCACUGUCUCUUUACAGCUGGUGCUCUAUACUGAGAGCUUUACCAAAAAGCAUCAUUUCUUUUAUAUUUUUUUCCUGACUUUCAAGAAUUUCAUUUUUUUUUUUCAGGAUAAUUAAAGCUUUUUGUUCAAAUAAAAUGUAGUGUCCCCUUGCCCUCUUUCCCUUUUUGAUUGUCUAUGUGAACCACUCUUUAAGAAGUUGGAGAAUAGUCAGCAUUUCUACUCCAGUGUCUGAUACAGGUGUAGAGUUUGAAGUAGAAAUGGAUUUGACUUGGGAAGAGAAGAAUUACCAUAAGGCUUCUCUGAUUAGGGAAACUAACCAGUAUAGCUUUUAUCAAAAGUAGUUACUGGAGUGUAACUACCUGUAUGGAUUUUUCUUAGAAAAAUAAGCAAACAACUUUUAUUCUGGAUGAAACAGUAAAAAAGAUUCCUAAAUGAUUCUCACUCGUUAAGAGGGGAAAGGAAUAACAGAACACCUGCAGCAGAAUAGUUAAGCCAUUAUUUUCACUGUGUAGAUUGUAACAGUAUCAUAUAAACUAGGAGGGAUGCAUACUACCUGCUCCUUAGUUUGUACCAGGUGAAAAUGCUUGUGUCAGAACACGGCCAUCCACCUGCAGACCCGUGGAACGUGGUGUCCUGCAGAGGGAGAGAUGGCUACAGAGAGCUGCUGACGUUUCAUGCCACUUCUUUCUCCCUCACUUCUGUAUUUGUGACUUCAGCUUUUGUGUUGCAGUAACUUAUUCCAAGUCACAGCGUGGCCAUGAUUCCUUUGUUGCUGCACAGCUUUGUUUCCCAGUGUGUCUCCUUAGGCUGGCUGGGGAUUCUGGACUUGCCCUGGCAGAACCAAUAGUUUACACUGCUGCGUUGAUCACUGGUCUUCAGCACUGUUUUGCCAUUAGAUGGGUGUUGCCUGGCACAAUUUGUAGCAGGAAUGAAAAGUCUCAGGAAGAAAAUACCCAUCUGCUUCCCAUGCCCUGUCACAUAAAAGCCAGACGAGGUUGUCUGCAGCUUGCAUUAGUCAGGAAAAUUGUAUUGCCGUGUGAAGCAGACCCUACUGUGAAAGGAGAUCACUUAAUGUGCAUGUUUGUCCUUGAACAACAGACACCUCAUGUUCAGUUCAGGGAUCUUACUGGCUUUUAUACAUCCUUUUUUUAAAUACUUGUCCUGUAUAAAGGCCCUUUAACUGCAACCUGAACAGGGGUUAGUUAGAAGAGGCUUUUAGAAAUCCUCUCUACACCCCAGAAUAAUUGAGAAUGUCUUUUUUGUUGUUGUUGUUGUUGUUUGUUUUUGUGCAUCAGACUAUGAUGCUGUAUGAAAACAUGUGUGCUGGGUAUUCCUGUUUCUUGUAGCCACUUGUCUCACUUCCUCACUGUUAAGCCACUCUGUCUCUUUCUGUAUUUUCUUUUGAAAGUCUUAUCUUUAAACAAAGGCAUAUCUGUAUUGUUACUGGAUUUUUUUCCACUGUUGGGUCCAAGCCCUGUGUGACCAUGAAACAAAAAUCUGUUGUAAACCAGUGAGUGGAAGGUGAGAUAGUGAUUGCAUUUCUCAAAGCACUGUUUUAGCUGAAUGUCAGGACAAAUUAUAUUGGAGAGUUUCUUUUUUCACUUAAAAUGGCCUGGGAAACAGAAUUUUUAUUUGCCCUUGAAUAUGCUUAGCUUUAAACCAGUUACAGUAAUUUAAAAGUGGGGUUUUUUUAUACAAGACCAUAUUUACAUGCAAUUAUUAUUUGUAAACAUAAUGCCUUUCUUGAAAUGCUAAGGUCUAGAGAAUGAAAAAGAUGCUUAAUAUUGAAAGACUCUGAGAAUAGCACAAGCAGUGAAUUGACUUGGAGUUCAUGAAAAUAAAAUGUGUUCUAUUGAACUUCCAAAUUUUCUAGUUAGCUUUUAAUGAUGUGAUGAUUCCGUGCUGAUGAGGUAGAUGUUACAGUGUACUCCAGCUACCCAGAUCAUCGUUACACUAAAAUCACAAGCAAUAAGCUGUCUUAAACAAGUUUAAGCCAAAAUGCUUUCCAUUUGGGCAGAAUAAUACCUUCUCAGUUGAAUUCUAUUUUUGUAACAGUGAUGCCUUGUGACUUGAAUUGUGUUUUCUUUAUUUUUUAACACAAUCUUUAUUCAGAUACCUCUGGUUUUAGGUCACUGGUCAGUUUAACUGACCACCUCUGGUCAGCUGCUACAGAUGAGGAUUUGGAAGGUUCACGUUUUUAAGGAAUAGUGAAAAAGGUUGCAAAUUGAAAUAUAAAGACACAAUGAUGAAAAUGUUCACAUGGAACUUAUGAAAACUACAUAAUGAUCUAGACUUUAUCAUUUCAAAGUGUUUUUUUUCUUUUUAGAAUAUGCAUGCCAAAUGUCUUGUCUUUUUCAAUGAUUUGUAAUAUACAUUUUAUGACUGGAAACUUUUUGUACAACACAUUCGAAUAAAUGUUUUGCAUUUUA